UACAACUGAUAACAAUAAUAAUAAAAUAAGACAAAUAGGUAAGUAACAGCCAUAAAUCAUUCUGUUGUUUCUGUAAAGUUUCUAGUGUUUGGUUAAAAACUGCAAGGAUGCUUUAUGAAACUCUUGAUAUUCUCUUUAAAACGUGUAGCGACGGUGUAUAAUUUUAUGAUUUUAUAAUUUAUAUUUGUAUCUUUAUGUUUUUUUACAAUUAAAUUAUCUGAACUAUAACUUGAAUUGGGUUAAAAUAUGCUGCAAACAAUAUUAGGAUAUUAGGACUUUGGUGAGUAUGGGUUAUGAUUUAUGACAUGAGUUGGAUUAAGAGUUCAUCUUAUUGAUACACUGCAGCACAACUCAAACUGAUUAAGAAUUUAAAGCAAACAAAUAAGCCUUUCAUUAUCGGAUCUCAUCUUUGGCAGCCUCCUCUUACAUCCAAGCCUGAUCAAUACGCUCUGGUCGCGGCUGUACUCAACCGUGGAUAUGAGGUGGAAACGAAAUGAUAAUCCAAUCGAUCCUUCAAAUGGACUCAUUUACAAGCAGUUUCUUUUUUUGCAGAGAAGCGAGACAUUUGCUCACACUACCUGCUUUUUUUUUCUUUUUUUUUCCUCGACGGACAAUUAAAAAUAAAGAUCAGAUCAAUGAUGCACGUAUACACGCUGGGCGAUCUGCCUACCUGUUAGACAGUGUCAGUGAGGUGAUUAAACGUGUGACACUGAGUGUUUAUGAGACUCAAGCGACAGAGAUUAAUUGUUGUCAGUCAUAAUUGCAGGAUGUGACCUUUAAAACAAGCAAUUAGCGCGGUGAUAAAAAAAAAAAAAAAUCCAAGCGCAAAAUAAAAAGGAAAAAUCUGUGAGCAGCAUCUAAGCAGCUUCAUCGGUUCGUGUGUUGCCCACGCAGGGGCAGCCUUGAGCCUGUUUUCUAGUGUUGUGAUGCUGGCCGGUGUAAAACAAACUGUCCGAGCCAAGAGCAGCUUGAUGUGGGAACCUGGGAGUAAUAACAUGCUCUGAACAAAGUCAACUUUACUUUAACCGAGAAAAAAAAUACACUUAACCCACAGUAAUAGUAGUGGAAGAUGAUACAAAUACAUAUUGGUCUGUUUUAGUGGUAUCAUAGCAAAAAUAUUAUUUCAUCCAUGAAGUUCAGUGCAGGAAGGUCACUGUAUUGUCACUACUGAGGACACACAAACAUAAGUUCUACUUGGAUUUUAUUGUGAUUCUUAAUUAUGGGCUAAACUACUGUCCAAACAUCAAAAAAGUGACUGUAAGCAUGUUUGCGGGAUAAUACAAUAAAGUCAUGUGUCCUUGUUUGUGAGAAAGGUCAAGAUUCAACUUUCCAACUCUGUAAAAAUAAUGAUGAACUACAUUUUUAUUUGCUGCUGGCAAAUACAAUCUUUCUUGUAAUUGGUUAUUGUGUGGAAAAAUGUUCUUUAAAAAAAACAUUUAAUGAGACAAAUGUGUCAAUUAAAUCUUGAAUCUUCAAAAAGAAAAGAAAAUGAUUUGUCUUCAGAUCAAAUCAAGUUGUUUCAAGCACUUUCGUGGCAAAUAUUGUCACGAAAUGAAGGGAAUGAUGUGCUUUAUCUUUGUUUCUUCUUGACAGCUACACAGAUAUGCUUUUGGGAACAACUGGAACAGCUGUUUUCACCAGAAUGCUAGAUUUGUUCAUCUUACACCUUUUAUAUAAACUGAGGUUUGAACAUUGGGUUAAAUUCUUAAGUUUUCUAAGGGAGUGUUGUGCCAUACGAGUUUUAUUAGAGGGUUUUUGUUUUUUUUUAGUUUGCAGCACUGUGGCCAAUAAAUCCCCUCACAUGACUCUCAUUGAGAUCUGUUAUUAGGAAAGACAGGGACAGAGAGCAGCGCGUUACACCGGAGCCGAGCAUAGUGUCCAUGAAGUGGAGGCAUUUCUCUCUCCUCCACUUUUCCUCCCACCUUCUGCUUUUAGGGAAGUCGGUCAGCUGACUGUCUGUAGCUGUCAAGACUGUGCUGUGCGCCCUCCUCUCCUCUGCUCUCCUCCUCCUUCUCUUCCUCUAUUUCAGCUCAGAGUCCCGCUCCCAUUGGAGAGUUGAGCGCUACGGAUCCUGCCUUUCAGCUCGACGUCACGGUGCGCUAUAAGGAUAAAGCGCUGGCUGGCUCCAAGCGCAGUCUGCUGGAUACCAGAGAGUGGGAGAGAGUGAGAGAGGCGAGCCUUUGAAUCUCUGCGGUGCAGAGCUGGAAAAGCGGCUUCUCAGCGAAAAUCAGACGCCCUAUUUACUCUGCUUAUUUGCUCCUAUUAUUUUCCUGGAGAAAAAAAGGGACUUACAACCAAGAAGUUGCAACGAGGACUGGUGCCCGUCUCAACGAACAAACGUGGUAUUUCUUUUUAUUAUUAUACCCUAUUUAUGUAGACUUUUUUUGUGAAUACACUUCUACUGAAGGGACUGAGGUUUUUUCCUUUGCACUGAGGCGCAUUGCUUUCUACCUCCUGCCUGGUCUCUCUGCCAGAUUAUCCCAGUAGAAGUAGGCUAUAUGACGCAAACCGAGAGCAGAGCAUUAGCCUGAAAGUUUUCCUCCACUACUUUUUUUUCGUUUUCCUUUUUUUUUUCCACCAAUCAUACGGUGUUUCAUGCUACAGCAAGUCUGUGCACAGCGGUGGAGGAGCCAAAAGACUUAUUGCAUGAAACAAGAAAGGGGGGAAGAGACGCUGAUUAAUAAGUCAGUUUUUGCGACGCUUGCAAGUACCUUUGCAUAUCUGCAAAAGAGUCGCGACAGCAACAUGAGUGCAGAGCUGAGCAUGGGCCCGGAGCUACCCAGCAGCCCUCUGGCUCUGGAAUAUGUCAACGAUUUUGACCUGAUGAAGUUUGACGUGAAGAAGGAAGGCCUGGCAGGGCUGGAGCGCAACGGGGUGCGCCAGUGUAACCGUCUCCAACCCCAAGGCUCUGUGUCUUCCACCCCCAUCAGUACACCCUGCAGCUCGGUGCCCUCUUCACCCAGCUUCAGCCCCACAGAGCAGAAAAACCACCUAGAGGAGCUGUACUGGAUGCCAAACAACGGGUACCACCAGCAGAUAGACCCGCAGACACUAAGCCUGACCCCAGAGGACGCAGUGGAGGCCCUUAUUGGAGCCACAGCUCACGGCCACCCUCCGCCUCCGCACGUCCAACAGCAGCUGCAGCAGCAAGGCGCUUUCGAGGGCUACAGGGGCCCGCAUCACCACCACAGCCACCACGGCCACGGCCAGCAGCACCAUCACCCAUACGCGGGGGGCAUCCCGCACCACGCCGAUGAACUGUCCGGUCACCCGGGCGGACACAACCACCCACACAGCCAGCACCACCAUCACCACAGUCAGGACCCCGACAGCCCGUCCCCGGUCUCUCCAGAGUCCCACCAGCCGCUCCAUCACCACCGCCACCAUCACCACCACCAUCCACACGGGCACCUAGGCCAGUCGGCGGGGCAUCACGGCUCCGGGGGCGGACUCAACGUGGAGGACCGCUUCUCCGACGACCAGCUGGUGUCCAUGUCGGUGAGGGAGCUCAACAGACACCUACGGGGAUUCACCAAGGACGAGGUCAUCCGUCUCAAGCAGAAGAGGAGGACCCUGAAGAACCGGGGCUACGCGCAGUCCUGCCGGUUCAAGCGGGUGCAGCAGAAGCACGUGCUGGAGAACGAGAAGACGCAGCUGAUGAACCAGGUGGAGCAGCUGAAGGCGGAGAUCAGCCGGCUGGCGAGGGAGAGGGACGCCUACAAACUCAAGUGUGAGAAACUGACGGGGUCAGGGGCCAAUAACGGGUUUCGCGAGGCUGGCUCAACCAGUGACAACCCUUCAUCACCAGAGUUUUUCAUGUGAGUUGUCAUAGCCUUUUCUUGUGAACCCCUCACAACAAACUUUCCCCUCCACCCCUCCACCUUUCCUUUUCUCCACAAAUGACUGACUGGCUGAUGAACAAACAAACGAUAAUAAUCCACACCUCCCAUACUGUUUAUGAUUAUACUAAUAACGGUAACAAUUAGCCUAUAUUCAUAUUAGAAGAAUAAUCCAUCAACUAGUAUUCUCAUAUAUAAUCAUCUCUCCAUCCACGUGUCAACUGAGAUACAAAGAGCAAUGUAGAGUGUCUGAUCAGUCGCAGCAUCUUUGUAGAUUAGUUGCUUGUAGUGAAGAGACUUUUUUUUUCUUCUUCAAAGAAGAGGAUCGGCUGAUGAACUUUUUUUUCUUCUCCUUUGAGGCUACAGCUUUUUAAAUAAUCUGUAAGUAGUGUGGGAUGGCGUCGAGGCAGUUGUCUUGUAAUUUUGUUCUCCAAAAUGAUGACACUGUUAUGAAACAACAAGUAGGCCUGGCCUCGCAGCCUGCAAACACUUGAGACUCACAUUCGACAAGUGGGCCCGUAUAAUCUGAGAAAAAUCUCCAAAAGCAAGACUCCACUUUAUGCAAAUUUAACUUCUGUCUACUAACCCGGGG